CUCUGAAUCAUUAGAUUACCGUGUCCAGGCCACAGCGGCAUUCAUUAAUGAGGGAAGAAACUACAUAUCACAGUUGAAGAGUUCAGUUCUCCUCGUACACACAUGCGUUAUAGUUUUUGCUGUCAGCAUUGCACAGUUAUAUGUUACAUGUGCAUUCUGAAGUUGGUCUGUCUCCUGGUGUCCAUACACAGAAAUAUGCACAAAAAUGUACAGAGCAUAGGAAGCGUGUGCAAAGCAAGUCACAGCUACCAUCCUCAAAGAGGCGACGUCUGAUAUUGAAGCAGGAACGUGCCAUUACUCAGGGAGCACACGAAGCAUUAGAAGGAGCUACAUAUCAGUCAGGAGUUGGUCAUGAGGACAUAGUUGACGUUGAGAAGCUGCCAGAUCCUGUUCCAAGAGGGGAGUUCAAGCCUGUGACCCUGGUUACCGGAGAACCAACAUUCAUUACAUUUGAUCUGGAAACUACUGACCUCAUUCGAGGUGGACAGUUUCCUCAUAUUACACAGAUAGCUGCUGCAGAACUGAAUAGUGGACGUUCCUUCAAUGCGUAUGUUAUACCUAAAACACCAAUCACUUCAACAGCCCAACAAGUUACUGGAAUUGUAAUGUCUGGUAGUAACUCUAUGUCAGUGAAUGGGACGCCAGUGGAAGCGGAAUUUAUAACUCCAUCACUGGAAAAGUUUUGUAAAUGGCUGGAACAAUUUGACAAUGUCAUUCUGGUGGCACACAAUGGCAGACGAUUUGAUUAUCCAGUUUUGAUGAAAGCAGUAGCUUCUUGUAAAAUUCUCGAGCGUUUUCUGAAAUGUGUGUCAGGAUUUGUUGAUUCUUUAACAGUCUUACGCAAACAUUUUCCUGGCAGGUCCUCGUACAAACAAGAAGAUCUUGUCCGUGAAAUUUUGAGAGAAAGCUAUGGAGCACAUAAUGCCACGGAGGAUGUAAAAGCAUUGGGAAAUCUUUUAAAACACAUAUCGGUAUCGCCUAAAACUAUGCUUUCAUUUAGUUAUCCUCCAAAAUCUGUACAUCAUUCACAGCUCUUCAAUUUGGAAAAAGCCAAAAACAUGCCAUCUCUACACGUACUUGUUGCAAACGGUGUUUGUAAAACUGCAACAGCAGAAAAUAUUGCUGGUUCAGGACUCAACCUAAGUCAUUUGAAAAUAGUUUUCAAGCGCGAGGGGGAAGAUGGGCUAAGUAACACAUUUGUUGUUAAAAAUAGUGAAGGACAGCCACGUGUUACCAACACAAAGAGGACAUUAGAGACAGUAAUUCCAAACCUUGUAGAGUAUUUAAAAAAAUGAUUUUAUCGUACUCCAUUGCUUGUUAUCCCAAGCAUCAAGUGAUCUUUGUUAUGAUUAAAUUAUAACCACAAAGGGCUGCUUAAUAUUUAUCAAUAUGUCGUUUUCUUUGUUUUUCACAGUCAUCAAUCGUUAACUGAAAAGACAUCAUUGGCUUUGUCUCUAUUCUUUUUCUCAGCUUCACAAUAAAUUCAUUUCUCCCUCAUUGGCAUGUGUUUAUUAUGCAAUUUAAGUUUUAUGUAAUUAUAAUUAGUAAUUUUAUGCUAUAUGUUUUAAUUUGAAAGAGUAGGAAAUGUUCAAAAAUGAUGUAGCGUUUUGACCGGUAGGACAAGUUUUAUGCUUUGGUUUUACUGUCUUUUUUUGAACAUAUUAUUACAUAUAUGAACAUUUUUCUUCAUUAAAAGGAUUAUUUCUACACUAUUUAAUUCUAUGUACAAUAUAACAUGCAUUUUUCAUUAAUGGAACUGAAAAAAUGAAUGUUCUACUUUGUUUUUAAAAUUCAGUGAAGAUAGGUUUUACAGCAAGCUUCUGUAUUCAUUUGACCCCCUACUCUUAAAACAAUUUAUUUUUUAGAAAAAACAGAUGGUAAAAAAUGGGUAAUUCUUUUUGUACUUGUUCAUAUAAUGAUAUAGAUAAUUUGUAUGCAGUCACUAUUCAUGUAACGUUUAUAGUUUUUUAAAAAAAAUGUUUAAAAAUGUUAAGACAAGAAUUUUUUCCCCUAAAAUUGCCAACUUUUUGACUGGGGGUACAGAAGAAAAAAAAAUUCAGAUAAAUUCUUGUACAAAUUUAUGUCAUAUAUUUUUAUAUAUAUUUAUUCAACAAUGUUGUAAAAGUGAACUAACACUGAAACAAUUGUAUUUUGAUGGAUUUGAAAAAAAAAAUGGAUUUUUACAUUGUCGUUUUAUUUCAUAUUUCAGUCAUAUCGACAUAUUAGGAGUUGCGAUCUUUAAAGUGUUAUAACUUUUUUUUGAACGGUUAAAAUCAUUUCAAAUUUUGGAUAUAAUUCACUCAA